ACCCAGGACGCUUGCGCAGAAGGCCGGCACCCACCAGAUUUUUGAACGCGGCGGGUUUUUGUUUUGGCCGGAGAGGUUUACCCGGGUUGCCUUCGCUGUGCGAGAUAAAGGAGACGGGUUCACGGAUUAAGAUAAAUUUCUCAUUUUCUUUAGAGGUUUGGAGGUAGAAGGUCUCAGUGUUAAGGGCCCCGAGCUUGGGAGUUAGGAUGUUGAGAGCUAGACCUGUCUUUGUGUCCACUGGUGUUAAGGAAGGUAGGGCUGCAAAAGUGAGCACUCACUCGUCUAAGAGCUACCCCCUCUCUUCUCUUUUUCCCCUUUUCUUCUCUCCCUAUUUAUCAUCUCCUCACUUAGUUGACUUGUUCUUAAGUGAACCGGAGCAAGGAAACCUUGAGAGCUCCGAAGUAAGCUUUGGCACGGACCUGUCACAGGAGAAAAUGGAAGUAGCCCUGAAGCUGCAGCCGAGUUCAGCCACCACAGACGACAACACCUUGAGAAGAUCCAACAGCGCCCCUUUGAUCAGUGGGCUUGGGUUUCUCCUUUGUUCCUGGUGCCCGAAGAUCCCACUCUCAGUCAGGGGGCGGGGGCGGGGCGGGCUGGCCAAAGAGCGGUUGCACACCCACCCUGAGGUUGACACACCCGUGAACCUGAACAUCCUCUUCGGACAGUUCACCCGGACCCGAAAGCAGCAUCCAAUUGGUGUGGAGCACGGCUUUUUCUAACUUCACCCCAUCUCUUACCCACUCCUUUGAAGAAACUGAACACUCCCCACCCUUGCCUCCAGAUCUUCUGUGAUGACUGUAAUUUUGUCGUUCUCUCUGCAGCUUUGUCACCUCUGACCUUCACCUUCAGCACACUUGGAAUGGGAAUGGUUGUCAAGCAAAUAAGCUUGGGCCUUUUUUUACGCCUAGUUUUUAUUUGAACAAAAGUUUAAGUAUCACAGAAAAUCGAUAUCCUGAGUUUUGCAUUCUCAAUGGCCAAUAUUGCCCCUACUUAGUUCUUGGGGGUGGGUGAAAUUUUUUUCCCCUCAUAUGUAUAAAGCACAGAUACAUAUACAACACGUAGACAGAUAUACAGUAACAUUUGUGCUGUUAAAAUUUCCUGGGAAUUUUCAAGGAGGCGCUAAUGGGGUGAGGGGGAGAUGUCUAAAAAGGCUCUUUAGAAAUCUGGUGAUGAAAAAAAGCUUUAAAAAUUUUAAGUAACCCGUUGUUAACUGUAUUUCCUGCACGUGUCCAAAGGUCUGGCAUGACGCAAAGUUAUUAUUUCUUAAAAGUAGAAUUUUUAAGUGAGAUCUUGGGUCUCAUAGCUCACUGUCAUAAGGUUUUCUCUAUACUGUAAAAAUAUCUGAAAAAUGCGUUCACUACCUAUGUUCUUAGCUUUGCUCCUCACCUUUUGCCAGCCUCAUACUAAUUGAUAGGGUUGUCACUCACAACUGUUAGAAGGGAACUCAAAGAGACCCGAUCUAUUCUCCUUGUUUCAUGUGUGAGGAAACAGGCCCAUAUAUCUCCAAAAGUGUCAUUGUUAGUAGUAGAGCCAACACUAGAAACCUGUGUCUCCAGACUCCUAGACUAGUGCUUUGUCCACCACUAAUCAACAUCUAAGCUAAUUAACUAAACAAAUGCAGCUUUCAGGUCAUUUGCGUUAAGGGGGAAUAUGUUAUAACAAAAUGAAAAGCAAGCUAAGGGUGACCAAAAAAUGAUACAUUCAUUACCUUUUCAAAUAGGCAGAGAGAAAAAAUAAGGGGGAGCAGUUCUGCACGUUGUGCUGAGAAAAAGAACAUUUUAUAAAUUCAAGAUUCUACGCUAAUCCUGCUGUGUGAAUAAAUGAAUUGCUAUGGACCCACUCUGCCAGUGGAAGAAAAUACUUAGGGAGGAUGUUAAUUUUAUUGAAAGGCUUUAUGAAAUGAAGAAACAAGUCGCAGAUACCUAGACAGUGGAGGACAUAUAUUUGAAGGAUCAUGUGGGUCCUAUUUAAUAUACAUUAAGUGCUGGGGCAGGAGGGGACCAGGCCCAUUUUCCCCAUUCUCAGAGUCAGGGAAGCAAAGAGAGUGAUCCUAGUUAUCCCUUCAUGCUUUGCUUUGUUCUGUAAAGGAUUUGAAAUGUUUAUUUUUAUCAUAUUAAAGCAUAGGUACAGUAUGGAAUUCCAUAGCUUAAGAUCCUGAUGCAGGAGGUGAAUUUUGCCCGUAAAGGUGAGGGGCAGCUGCACAUUUAGCUGGUAGAGUUAACCCACAAAGUGGACCAAGGCCCCGGAUCCUUGCGUCAAAAAGAAGUAGCCCAGGAAUGAUACGUGACAUGCCCAAGGUCAGGGAACUUGUCCACGUGAUCUCCUGAGGGCAUAUUUUACACUGACGUGGCAAGUUUGGGGUGUAAUCCGCAAGAAAAUGUAGGGUGGAAUUAGGAAUCAUCUGAGCCUUAGCCAAAUUCAUUUUCACCCUAGUUCUUCUCAGUUACAUGUGUACACUGCUCACUUUCCCCCUUCCCCUUAGUUGGGCCUCUAAUGCUUGUUGCCUUGCCUCUUUCGUAGCUUGCUAAAUAACUAUUGCAUUUCUUUCAAGCAGUUUACCAAUUUUGCUUGGUGUUUCUUGUUUCUUGUUUCUUUAUAUAAAGAGUCAGUCUCUCUUGCGCCAGCAUUUGCAGAAUUUGUUCUUUAAAUGUCAACUCCUUAAUACAAGUAUUACUAAUUUUUUUAAUUUUUUGAUUUUU